UGCUGCAUCCAUCGAUACAGCCCCAAUGGACGUCGCACAAGACCGUCGUCAGUCAAUCAUUGGGUCCGAAGACUUCACUAGAGGUCUAGAUCUCUCUUCCACUGGCGACCUGGAUGCGCACAAUCGUCGAUGGAGCAUUAUGUCGAUGGAGCAGCACCAAAGUAUCUCGCCGACCCAUCCGCAGGGCCCGCAAUUUUUUGAGAUGCACUUCCCUCAGCCCUCACAGCGUCGACAGGUCCGGUGCACCUGCGGAGUCAACAGCGACCGUGGUCAGAUGGUUCAAUGCAAAAGUUGCACGCAAUGGUGUCACGCAACUUGUAUCGGAGUGGAUCCAACAGCUGGUCCCAUCACUUGCUUUCUCUGCACGAAACCCACCACGCGCCUCUCAAUUGGAACCGCUACCAAUCGCAAGCGAUCCUAAAUGCAUCCAGAUGAUUCACGUUUUUGAAAACCAUCACGUUUUGAAAACCAUCAUGAUCUGGAUCGAUGUCUGUUUUCAUAAAUGUACUUCUAGCGUUCAAGCGAAUGUUUCGGCGGUAUGUCUCACGACAUAAUUAGCAACUUCUUUACCAGAACUACACGAUACCGAGCACAGGAUAGUCCAAAGAGCGGAGCAGAUUUACGAACAAAGCAAAGAUGAAAGAACGCAAUGGAGCGAGACAAGGGGCUUUGUCGCCACAUAAUGGAUUGUAUUCAGAGACAACGCCAAAUAUCAUAUACCCAUCGUCUC